GGUGUAUUUUAAACUAUUGUUAAAUAAUUUGAGCCAUAUGGUGCAAGUGCGAUGCAGGGGUGUAAAUAAAAAAAAUUAUCCAUUUUUUUACUCAAUUGACCACUGAGCGUGUUUGCCUAACCAGUUGAGUUAACUCACUCAAGUUUGGCCGCAACGACAAGAGAAGGGGCAAAACACAACCACCUCCGUUCAACACCGACGAAGCACCGUUGCAACCGCAAGAACAAUUAACAGAAUGUUUCUUAGAAGAAUUGGUGCUGCAUUUCCUCCAUCAAAAAGGAUCUUCAGCUCUUCUGUUAUCCAUGACUAUGCAAGUUCCAUUCAAGAACUCAAUAAGGAAAUGGAAACUGUAUUUGGGGAACUUCCGCCAGAUGAACUACCUACCUCUGUAAGCAAUAGUCCUGCGAGUAACGAACCUCACUUGUCAUCUCGAAGCACAGGUGAAAGUUCUUUUGAAUUGACUCAUACCGGAAAUUCAGGAGAAGCUCAAAUGGUAGACGUGUCUCCAAAAGAAAGUAGUAAGAGAACCGCCACCGCUGUUUGCAGAGUAGUUCUUGGAAAGAAGGUGUUUGAUUUGGUAUUAGCCAAUCAGAUGGCCAAAGGAGAUGUGCUUACAGUAGCGAAAAUUGCUGGCAUAACUGCUGCAAAACAAACUAGUAACCUGAUUCCGUUGUGCCAUAACAUAGGUCUUUCACACGUGCGAGUUGAUUUGAGAUUGAAUCAUGAGGACUUCAGUGUAACAAUAGAAGGGGAAGCUGCUUCAAUGGGAAAAACUGGAGUUGAGAUGGAAGCAAUGACGGCAGUGUCUAUUGCUGGCUUAACAGUGUAUGAUAUGUGCAAAGCUGCUUCAAAAGGUAUAACAAUUACCGAUAUAAGACUUAAGCAUAAAUCCGGUGGAAAAAGUGGAGAUUAUUCAUGGGGACAAUAAUGGUUUUGGAGCUAGCUUUGAGGAAGCAUAAUUUGAUAAUAGCCUUUUACUUGUACCAUCAUAUACCGUCAAAUUUAAGGUAAACCAUGGUACAGUGUGAUUGCCUCCUAUUACAUUAUCACUUGUAAAUUAGGAUUUGUUUAGCAGUUAACUUUAGAAUUUUAAGAAUAAGAUCAAUUGUUUGCAAAUAAAUCAAUAGUUGAUGUUACCACUACAUGCAUAACAAUGGAUUAAGAUAUCAAAAAUUGAUUUUCUUAUUAAUAAUUGAGAUGUAUUAAUCUUUGGUUA